CCCUUUUUUUUCCCCCCAGGGUUGAUAAAGAUAGGAGUGGAAUAAUAUCUGAUAAUGAACUUCAGCAGGCAUUAUCCAAUGGCAUGUUUGACAGAGAAAACAAAGGUGGUGUGAACUUCAAUGAAUUCACAGGAGUCUGGAAGUACAUCUCAGAUUGGCAGAAUGUCUUUCGAACAUAUGACAGAGACAAUUCUGGAAUGAUUGACAAAAAUGAACUAAAGCAAGCACUAACAGGUUUUGGUUACCGACUGUCUGAUCAAUUCUAUGAUAUCCUUAUUCGGAAAUUUGACAGACAGGGAAGAGGACAAGUUGCUUUUGAUGACUUUAUUCAGUGCUGUGUUGUUUUACAGAGGUUGACUGAUGUGUUCCGACGUUAUGAUACUGAUCAAGAUGGCUGGAUUCAGGUGUCCUAUGAGCAAUAUCUUUCCAUGGUCUUCAGCAUCGUAUGACACUGAUAACUAGGAAAUGCACACUGGCACUGCACAGACUGGAAUUGCCAAAUGAUCCUGUACUGAAAAAGAUUAUUGAUGUAUUAUAAUGGAUAUAACUUCACAUUCUUAAAUUUUGUAUGUUGCUCAUCACCUUCAGAAUGUGUACUUGAGUUGGUUUUUAUUUUGUAUGAUAGUACAAUAUGACCAUCUCUGCUUACAUUUUCUGUACAGAAAGCACAGAAUCUAGAUUUAAGUGGUGCAAUGUCAAACUUAACCUUUUUCCACAUAUCCUGCACGGGGAAAAAUGACUCUUUAGAAAUGCCAAAUGAAAAUAAUGCUUGUUAGUUUAUAAAAGAGUUGAAAGUCAGAAGUUGCACAACAUGUUUUGCAUGUGCCUUACUUUUAUAAGCUUUAAUGUAUUAAUUUUUAAUACAGAAUUUAAAAUUAAGUAAAAA